CGAUGAAUCGGCCGACAGUCUUGAGAUUCUUCCCGAUUUUUCCCUACACAACUUCCCGAACUUUCCAUUGCUCUGUUUUUAUAUCACAUCAUCAGCUUCCAACAAAUUUCCAGCUAACUAAACAAGCAAUUUUCAACGGAAACGCUUUGGGAGAUUUUUCCUUGCUUUUUCUGUGUCUUGAUCCAGUUUCUCUCGACUUUCUCGGGAGCUUAAUAAACAAACUCAAUUCGCUGCAGGGAGGUCGAGAAUGAGUACUUUAGCUCUGAACCAUUUGUUCAAUUGGCCUGAGAGCUUGGAGAAAUUCACGGUCAAUUCACAUUCUGAGGAGACAAACGAGAGCAAGAGAAUUGGCACGAGUAUUCCUGCUGACAUUUUAGAAACCCCCAAGGAGUACAUUUUCUACCUUGAUGUUCCUGGUCUUUCCAAAUCUGAUCUUCAGAUUACCGUCGAGGGAGAGAACAUUCUGGUGAUCAAGAGUGGAGGGAAGAGGAAGCGCGAGGAGGGUGAAGAGGAGGGCUGCAAGUAUAUCAGGCUGGAAAGGCGGACGCCUCAGAAGAUGAUGAGGAAAUUCAAGUUACCCGAUAAUGCCAAUUCAUCAGCAAUCACUGCUAAAUGUGAUAAUGGUGUUUUGGCUGUGAUUGUCCAGAAGCAUCCUCCACCACCCAAGCCUAAGACUGUGGAAAUUGUAGUUUCUUGAACUCAAAAACUUUUGUCAUGAGUUUUUGGGUCGACACCAUGUUUGGUCAAUGUUCUGUCUCCGAUGUUACUGGAAAGACUGUUUUCAUAAUGAAAAACGUAAUGGAGACUUUCAUGUAUCUUCAUCUUCAAUCCACUCAUAAUUUAUGUUUC